AUCGUUUUGAACGACAGGCAGCUUGACCUCUAGACUGCGGCCUCCACACCACCCACCCAUCACAAUGCCCCAGUAUAAGAUCUGCAGCCCAUCCUCAGCCUCCACCCGCCGCACAGACAACACAAACAUCUGCGUCAGCCUCCACUAAGGUGACAAUAUACUGUAGAUGACAAUGACGGACCUGGAGACUUCGAUGGCAACCAUCAUCACUGUGUUUCAGAAGUAUUCGGAAAGAGAGGGAGACAAACACAAACUGAAGAAGAGCGAGCUAAAGGACCUGCUUCAUGAUGAGCUGCCAGAUCUCAUGGCGCAUGUGAAAGAUCAAUCUGCUCUGGACAACCUGAUGGAGGGCCUGGACACGGAUGGCGACGCCGAGUGUGACUUCCAGGAGUUCAUGACAUUCAUCGCCAUGGUUACCGUCUGUUGCCAUGUUUUCUUCGAGCAUGAGGACGAGUAAAGAGGAAAUGGCUGUGGAUCGAGACAAAAGAGGGGAGCUACAGUAAAUUAUACAGAAGCAGAAGCCUAGCAACUCACAACCUGUUGAUCCCAUCACAGGGUGGGAAAACACAACCCAGGCAGCAGCCAACGCAUUACAGAGGGGGGUUGGCUGGUGACUGGCAAACACUCCAGUCUAGUACUUAGCUACCACCUUGUUUAUAGAACUUAUUGUUGUCUUCUGAAACAUAUAGAUGAUCUGGGAAAGCUUGGAGAAUCUCUGUAAAAUGGUUGCGAAGUUUGUUACAAACAAGCUCUUAUAAGUGAACCAGUAAAUUACAGCAGCAAAAUGUUGGCUUCCAUUAAUUUGAUUAUGAAGGCACCUGCUGGAGAAAAUGAGCAAUCACAUUUGGCUUUAGACAAUGUCCAAGUCCAAAAGGACAAAGAUUUGUGAGAUUGUGGACUUAUAUGACGAGUCAGAUAACAAGCACUAGUGGUUAUGUACAUGUAGAGGCUUUGGGCUUUAAAUACCCAGUGUAAAAAAGUGUCUAAUAAAUCAGUUUUGAAAUGUCAUGGAUGUUUUAAUCUACUAACUGAUGGUUUAGCAAGUUUGCCUUCUAAAAGAGACAUUUAAUUCAUUAAAAGGUCUUUCAUUUCCUUUUACUUAGAAAGGAAUUCCAGCUGUGUUCUAUAAACUGCAUAGAGGUGGAUAAUGUUACAUAUUGUCUGGCUGGUAGAUUUCAGAUGAUGUGGGUAAAUGUCUAUUGUUCAUCUGUGUGACAAUAAAAAAAAUUGACUAAAUGAGCAUUUCAAUUGUGUUGUGAUGUCACAUACAUGGCUUACUAUAAAAAUAAAGAUUUAAAGAAGA